AUGGUAUACCCCCAGCUCAACAAGAAGGUCUGGGAGUCCGGUAUCAAGGGCGUUCCUUUCCGUCUCCGUGUCCGCAUCUCCCGUAAGCGUAACGACGAAGAGGGCGCCAAGGAGAAGCUCUACUCCUACGUCCAGGCCGUCAACGUUAAGGACCCCAAGGGUCUCCACACCCAGAUUGUUGAGGAUGCUUAG